GAUUUCCACAAAAGAGUACGAGUGAAAAAGCGAAAGAGGUUUGCGCAACGGAAAACUUGGGUCAUUGGAUGCGUGUUUGUAGACAUGGAAUCAGGUGUUUUCACGGUUUUCACAGAUGUUUUCGUGGUGUGUUCGCGGUCGUGAGUACGCGUAUUUUUUGCGUCAGGGAAGCUUCGGGAAUAACAAGAUUCACACACGGGACGUCGUUUACCGCGUGUCCUGAUCUUAUUCGCCUGCUACGUACAUACAUUCGCACGUCGCGACUAAGGAACGAGUUAGCGAGACGAUAACACGAGCGGGUGAAAAUAGAAACAGUGAAAAUAAUGCGUUUGUGCUCGACGGCGCGGCGUUCUACUCAAGAUGAACAAGCAACGUGAGUUUCUCAAAAGCCAAAUUUACUACGCCGCUAAGGACGACCAUCGAAUUGUGCUCUACACUUUACUAACGGACAACAUCACAAAGGCCGAAGCCGAGGAAUUGCUCAAUGAGAGCUACAUUGAAGAUGAUGGUCAACAUUGCACCCCCUUAAUUGUUGCUGCCAGGCAUGGCAGCCAUGCAGUGGUCAAGAUUAUUGUUAGUAAAUUCAAUGUAGACUUGGAGAAGGAAGGAACUGUGAAGUUUGAUGGGUUUGUUAUUGAGGGUGCUAGUGCAUUAUGGUGUGCUGCAGGGGGAGGACACUUGAAUAUAGUAAAAACAUUAGUAAAAGCUGGUGCCAAUGUUAAUCAUCCUACAAGAACUAAAUCUACACCUUUAAGAGCUGCAUGCUUUGAUGGAAGACUGGACAUAGUCAAAUAUUUAGCUGAGCAUAAUGCUGAUGUACAUAUUGCCAACCAAUAUAAUAAUUCAUGUCUUAUGAUUGCUUCCUAUAAAGGACACUUGGAUGUGGUUAAUAUGCUUCUGGAAAACCAUGCAAAUCCUAAUGAAAAGGCACUGUGUGGUGCUACAGCUCUGCAUUUUGCAGCCGAAUGCGGCCAUUUAAGCAUUGUUCAAAAGUUGUUAGAGUACAAUGCGGACUUGUUUUGCGUCAACGACACAGGCAUGACACCACUGAAAGUGGCCGCUGAGCGGGUGCGUAAAGAUGUUGUUGAGAGUCUCAUUGAAAAUACAAAGUAUCCGAUUUGCAAAGAGGAUAAAAUCGAAGCGCUGGAACUACUCGGCGCCUCAUUUGCUAAUGACAAAGAAAAUUAUUCAUUAGAUUUGGCAUAUCAUUAUUUAGAACAAAGUAUGAAUUUAAGAUAUAGUGACCCAAACAAUGUGAUAACAAAAAUAUUACUUCCGCCCGUGCCCGCUUACGAGUAUUGGGUGGAAACACAAACUCCAGAAGACCUGAGAAUAAGGCUGUUAGGAAAUGCCAACGCCAUCCACAUAGAAGCGCUUACAAUUCGCGAGCGUAUUUUGGGUACCAGUAAUCCCGAACUACCCCAUCCAAUUAUUUUCCGAGGCGCUGUGUUUGCUGAUCUCGCCCGUUUUGAUCGAUGUAUUGAAUUAUGGUUGCAUGCAAUUCAAUUGAGGCAGGGUAAUAACAUCAACGUCGCCAAGGAUCUUUUGCGAUUUGCGCAGGUUUUCUCACAAAUGCUGCACGUUGGCGUCGAAGUGACUUUCAAGAACAUCGAGCCGGUUCUCGAAUGCACUGUUCUCGAACUGCAACGAAAUAAAAUGAAAAUGGGGAAAUCAGGUCCCAAUUACGAACCGGACGUUAUGCUCGAAGAAAUCGAGAGUAACAUUACGACUACACUGUAUUUGAUUACUAUCAUGACAAUGAUAUUGAAUAAGUCGAAAGUCAGCAAUGAGGAUGAAUUCAAUGUCUAUAAAAUGGUUUAUAAAUUAAAUACGAUACAGUUACGGAAUCGCGAUGGGCAGACUUUGCUUCAUUUGGCUUGUAAUGCUGAGACACCGGUGGACGAUUUUCAUAUUAGUGAUAUUUGCAAGUUUCCGUGUGCAAGUACAGCUUGUUUGUUAAUCGAAUGUGGCGCGGAUGUAAACGCGAUGGAUGUUGAUCGUAACACGCCCUUACACUUGAUUGUCAAUUAUCACAAGCCCAUUUCGGAUUUCACCACUUUACACACCAUAAUAAUGAAGCUAACUGAAGCUGGUGCUCACAUCGAUUGUGUAAACAAUCGUGGUGAGACUCCAUUGGAUUCUUCCGCAACAGGAGUUGCUGAAAUUAUUCUGAAAACCCAAUCGAAAUUAUGCCUGAAAUGUCUGGCAGCCCGCGAAAUAAAAAUGAAGAAAAUCGUCUAUCGAGGAAUCGUGCCAGAGAAGCUGGCAUUGUUUAUUGAUAUGCACGGUCCGAACUUGUAAUACGCCGGUAAUCUUUCUUCCUAGUCACUAUCCUAUAUUAUUUGCUCGAUGUGAAUCUUGGAAAUAAUUGUUUUCAUAACUAAUUAACUAAGUGCAGGUUUGAGUUGUCCUAACGUGAUCCUAACUGCCCCAGAAUAAUACCGAAAAAAACGAGCUUAAAUGAAGCGUCUUUUUAUUAUGUCAAGUGCAUUGAUUACAGUAGAUUAUUAUUAGAAGUACUUUAUUUUUGAUGACAAUAUUUAUGAACACUCUUUUAACUAACUUGCGAUUCUUUAUAUGGUGCCAAUUUUAUUAACACUAUUUGGCAUGAUGUGUAAACAAAUGAUGAAAACGUGAUAUUUUGAUUUUCAACUAUGAUAGAGAGAUUUUCUAAUGUAAAACAAAAUUAUACACUUUGUCCAAUAAAAUGAAUAAAGGAACAUGAAUUAUUG